AUGGACAUUACCAUCCAGCACCCUUGGUUCAAGCGCGCUCUGGGACCCCUGAUUCCAAGCCGUUUGUUCGACCAGUUUUUCGGAGAGGGUCUCCUGGAGUACGAUCUCCUGCCUUUGUUCUCCUCCACUAUCAGCCCCUACUACCGGCAGUCCCUCUUCCGCAGCGUGCUGGAGUCGGGCAUUUCAGAGGUGAGGUCUGACCGGGACAAGUUUACGAUCAUGCUGGAUGUAAAACACUUUUCUCCUGAAGAUCUGAGCGUGAAGAUUAUCGAUGACUUUGUGGAAAUCCAUGGCAAGCACAGUGAAAGACAGGAUGACCACGGCUACAUCUCCCGUGAGUUUCACCGCCGGUACCGCCUGCCCGCCAACGUGGACCAGUCUGCCAUCACCUGCUCCCUGUCUGGCGACGGCAUGCUGACCUUCUCAGGCCCCAAGGUCCCCUCCAACAUGGACCCCACCCACAGCGAGAGGCCCAUCCCCGUGUCCCGGGAGGAGAAGCCCACCUCCGCGCCUUCCUCCUAAGCCCGCCGGCCGCUGCAGUACGCAGGCUGCCACCGGCUGCAGGUCUCGCUCCCGGAGCCAUUGCGUAGAUAUCAGUGAAUACCUAGAGGGGGUUGUUUUGUUGUUUUAUUUCUUUUAUUUCCCCCACCCCCCCCAUUUGUUUAUUUUCUCCUUCCCUUGGGUGGAAUGAGGGGCUGGAUGAGUGGCUGGUGGGCUUUGAAUCUUAAGCCUGUGAGCCAUGCCGUCGGGAUGGCACGGGUUGCGUGUGCUGCCAUGCCAUUGUGCUUGCUGAAAGGGUCUUGGUGCUGUGCUGUGGUCCACAGCCACCGCCAGGCAGGAGGGAGUGCACAAAUAACGCUGGCUCCUGGUGCACCAAUGCUUGGGGUGGGGCUUGGAGCAGGGGAAAAGCCCCAGAGACUUGUUUAUCCCACACAGUUAAACUGGCUACUCCAAAAAACGCAACUCGGCCAAGCCAAGCCCCUUUCCUGGGACACUGUGUAUGCGUGAUAAAUGUACCACAGGUUUCUUGCAACCGCAGGACGAAUAAUAGCGUGUUACGUUCGGGGAUCGCAGCAUAUAUUUUUAUUUCAGCAAGAUGUUUAAGUGUGUCUGUUCACACCGCCAGCCUGUCACUUCCCUUAGGGACAGCUGACACUAGGACAAGCAUGUCUUUCCAACGUCUUAAUAGGCUCUCUGGGGAGAGAGGGGGCUCACCACUCUGCAGAGGCUUCAAAUCCCACCGAGCUCAUCCCAGCCUUCGUGUAUCACACCCUUGCUCUUGCCCUCGCUGUACUUCUAGUGUAGCUCCACCUGAUCCACUGGUAUCUGGCACUCAGCCUGAGAACUCGGUCACUGGCAGUCAAUAAAGAGAUAUAGGAAACAU